GUUUCUGCGCUGGGCUGGAUACGCGUCCUGCCGCCUUUCGCCUUUGCUUGCUCGCGGCCGACUUUCCCGUACUCCUCCCUUGGUAGGCUUGCAAGCUAAGCGAAGUAUCACCGGGGCUUUUCUCCCUGUACUACCAUGUGUCCGUCCACCUUGUAGGUUUCAGACUAUCCUUCCAAUUGUUUGCGAAUUGCUGCGCGUGAUCAUAAGUUCGAGACAGGAACGAGGGGGGUUUGGGAGCGAUUGAUUUUCGAAAUUUUACAGCGUUUCCAUUCUUGUUACUACUAGGGGAUUUCCAAGUUUGCGAGAUAGUACUACUCCGUUUCGAAAAUUUACAGAAGUUUCUAUCUAGGGGCGGGGGCCAGACCACAAUAAAUCUCGUCCUCAUCCGUGCCGGCGCCGACGCCGCCCGCGCCGGCGCUCCUACGUCGCUGGCACACAAUAGGACAGCCGUAUUCACCGCGGUGCCCGCUCCCGAUGACGCGUGGGGCCACCGGACAGGCAAAGUUCCGCAGAGCUUGGCCUCGCCUCUCCCGGGGCCCACUCCACCAGCAGCCCGUGCGUUCGGAUCCGGGAGCCCGAGGUCGUGUGCUCUGGGCUCGGUCGGCCGUUUGGGUUCCCCGCGACGCUGCCGAUCCGGGCUCAUGAUGCGGUGCCCCGCCACCCUCGCACUCACUAGCUGACACGCCGGCCCCACCGCGGCCGCACGGCACGCACCGCUAGGGAAAGUUGUUGCCACGAAGAAAAAGACGUCGUGUAACGCAGGUCGCGUGCGUGCGCGCGUCGCUCCAUGAGCCGCUGACAAGUGGGCCCGCACUACACUGCCGGUGGUUAGCUAGUGUUAAUCUCGGGUCAGGUUAAAUAAAGCCUGUAGGAUCUCUUUCCAUGCAUGCGUGGCUACUCUAGAAGCUCGUGAUAAAUUUUGUAUUACGUAAAAGCAUUGCGGUUAGAUUUUUCGUCCUUUCUUCUUUUUCGCAUGGCGUGCAGCUUUUUGUAGGGCUUAUCGUAUCGGCUCGUCUACGAUACGUCGCCCCACGCAAUUAUUUCCCCAUGAUUCUUUUGUUUUACGAAAGCGCCAGAUCUUUGGAUUACAAUACAAGAAACUACUCUACUCCACUGUGAAAAUUAUGAGUACCCAAAUCAUGCUCCUUUUGUCCUAUAAGCACUCCAAUAGAUCGCCAACUUUCCUGAGACGGCACCCGCCGCCGCCCUCGCUUAAGCCCCUCUACUACCCAAUCAAACGUUACAUAAAAUUGUUUAGAUGAAAAUGCACGCGCCAGCCUGUUUUGAUGCUUGGAAGUAACAUGCAUGCAGGGCCAAAUGCUAUGUAGCGCUCCGCUCUGCUCGCACCACUUGGCCAUCUCUCCCGUUGCUGAAUUUAUUUGGAGAAUUUAUUUGUUUGUUCCCAUUCACUCGUCACCUACCUAGCCCUCAUUCCGCGGGUCAAAACUCAAAAUGCCUCCAGCCUGAAUUUAUUCCGUUACCGAACAGUGCGAGGCGGUCAGAAAAGCUUGGGAAUUUUGAUAGACAGGGCCAUCCUACCAGCUCAUGAUCUUGUGUGUCGCCUCCCGCAGCAUUUAACGGGGACGUCCGAUAACGCUCCCGGUUUCGCAUUUCGUCCAGCCGAAGCAACGAAAAGGCCGGGGUAGGGCAUGCUAGAUUACUAGAUGAGGUUGGCAGUAGCUUUCCACGAUGGAUUUUUGAUCACGAGGUGGGGUGUUGUAGCUGGUGCGACCGGGAAAUGAGUUUGCACAGCUGUUCGGCCGCGGCCGGGGACGCGCCGACUGGCACGGCGGAGGACCUGCUCGAGCGGGCGCGGGGCCUGGUGCCGGCGGCGCUGGACGCGGCGCGCGCGGCGACGGGCUUUGGCGGGCGGUGGAAGGCCAUCGCGGCGAGGCUGGAGCGGGUGCCUCCGUGCCUGUCCGACCUGUCCAGCCACCCCUGCUUCUCCAAGAACGCGCUCUGCCGGGAGCUGCUGCAGUCCGUUGCCGCCACGCUUGCCGAGGCCGCCGAGCUCGGCGCGCUCUGCCGCGAGCCGCCCAAGGCUGGCAAGCUGCAGAUGCAGAGCGACCUCGACGCUCUCGCCGGGAAGCUGGAUCUCAACCUCCGGGACUGUGCGCUGCUUGUCAAGACCGGCGUGCUGUCCGAUGCGACGGUUCCGUCUCCUCCGGCUGAGGCGGUGCCGGCGGCGGCCUCGCAGACGGACGUACGGGAGCUGCUCGCUAGGCUGCAAAUCGGGCACGCCGAGGCCAAGCACCGGGCUGUGGACGGGCUCCUUGAUGCGCUGCGCGAGGACGAGAAGAGCGUGCUGUCGGCGCUCGGCCGUGGCAACGUGGCCGCGCUGGUGCAGCUGCUGACGGCCACGGCGCCCAAGAUCAGGGAGAAGGCGGCCACCGUGCUCUGCUUGCUUGCCGAGUCCGGCAGCUGCGAGGGCUUGCUGGUGUCGGAAGGCGCGCUGCCGCCGCUCAUCCGGCUGGCGGAGUCCGGCAGCCUUGUUGGCCGGGAGAAGGCCGUCAUCACGCUGCAGCGUCUGUCCAUGUCACACGAGAUUGCCCGCGCAAUCGUCGGGCACAGCGGCGUCCGUCCACUCAUCGAAAUCUGCCAGACCGGGGACUCCAUCUCGCAAUCAGCGGCGGCGGGCACGCUCAAGAACCUCUCCGCGGUGCCGGAGGUCCGGCAAGCGCUCGCCGAGGAAGGCAUUGUGCGCGUCAUGAUCAGCCUGCUCGACCACGGCGUCGUGCUGGGCUCCAAGGAGUACGCGGCGGAGUGCCUGCAGAACUUCACGUCCAGCAACGACAACCUGCGGCGCGCGGUGGUGUCUGAGGGCGCGCUGCCCAGCCUGCUCGUCUACCUCGACGGCCCGCUGCCGCAGGAGUCCGCCGUGGGCGCGCUCCGCAACCUCGUGUCCGCCGUCUCGCCGGACAACCUCGUGUCGCUCGGCGUCCUCCCGCGGCUCGCGCACGUGCUCCGGGACGGCUCCGUGGGCGCGCAGCAGGCUGCCGCGGCGGCCAUUUGCAGGAUCUCCAGCUCCCCGGAGAUGAAGCGGCUGGUGGGCGACCACGGGUGCAUGCCGCUGCUGGUCCGGCUGCUGGAGGCCAAGUCGAACAGCGCGCGGGAGGUGGCGGCGCAGGCGACGGCGACCCUGAUGAGCUGCCCCGCGAACGCGAGGGACGUGAAGAAGGACGAGAAGAGCGUGCCGAACCUGGUGCAGCUGCUGGACCCCAGCCCCGGGAACACGGCCAAGAAGUACGCCAUCUCCUGCCUCCUGGCGGUGUCGGCGAGCAAGCGGUGCAAGAAGCUGAUGAUCGCGCAGGGCGCCAUCGGGUACCUGAAGAAGCUCUCCGAGAUGGACGUCGCCGGCGCCAAGAAGCUGCUCGAGAAGCUGGAGCGUGGCAAGCUGCGCAGCCUCUUCACUAGGAAGUAAAAGCAAGGAGAAGAGAAGCGUUCGGUUUUGCCGUGAACCUGUAAAAAGAGCCGCCGCCGUCCUGUGUUCAUAGCCUCUAUGAAGGCAGUGCAGACUGCAGAGAGAUAGUACUGUUGCCCGUCUGAACCUUUUAACAUGCCGCGUUGUAGUAUCACUGGUUAAUGUGUAUGUCACCUAUGUCAGGCAGUUGAUGCGUUAGUUCUUUAACUUGGGCUGAAGAAUGCCAAUAAAAGAGUGUUCAAUGAAGAACAUUUGCCGA